GCACCUUAAUCAGUGAAGGUACAAGCGCUUUUUAAAUUUUUGUCUGAACGAUCUUCCCAACUUCUAGGACAAUCUGGUCAGUCCACUAAAGAGGAGUUCGGGUACUUUUGGGAGAGUAACGGAGAAACCAACAGGAUUGAGGAAACACAUGGGAGUGUUUGAAUUAAAGAUUUCGUAAACUGUCAUUUAUUGCACCGAGUUACAGAGAAUUGAAACCGUGGGGCAAUUCUACCAACGCUCUGGAGUUCGACCCAAUUUUUGCGUUGAAAAAGUUGGUAUAAAAACGGAGAGGUUUUUUUUCCUCGAAGCUGAAACGCAUUGAAAAUUACAGAAUGCAGUUUCAAGUGCAAAAUGACGCUAGAAUUUAAUUCGGUCAAAGGUUGCAGGAUCGUGGAUCAGCUAACGAUUGGUACGUUCUAAUUCUAGUGUGUCUGACGUCAGUAAGGAAGUGGGGUGCAUAAGGACACAGGUCUUCUUCGCGGCUCCUAGGGCCACUUUUCAGUCGGUCGCAUCAGCACUGAGUGUGUUUUUUAUUGGACAUAUCAGAAAAAAAAGAAAAUCAGAGACUAUGGUUGACGCCGCCGUCUUAGAAAAGCUCGAAGGUGGUUUCCAAAAACUAAAAAGCUCCGACUCGAAGUCCCUGCUUAAUAAGUAUUUAUCGCAAGAAACCUUUGACAACUUAAAGACUAAGAAGACAAGCUUUGGGUCUACUCUUCUAGACGUAGUUCAAUCAGGGUUUGAAAAUCACGAUUCGGGUGUGGGACUUUACGCGCCUGAUGCCGAAGCUUAUACGGUUUUCGCCGAUUUAUUUGAUCCCGUGAUUGAGGAUUACCAUUUUGGAUUCAAAAAAACAGAUAAGCACCCUCCGAAAAAUUGGGGAGACGUUAAUGUUUUUGGAAACUUAGAUCCCAACAAUGAGUUUGUGGUAUCCACUCGUGUUCGAUGCGGUCGAUCUAUGGAGGGCUAUCCGUUCAAUCCAUGUUUAACUGAAGAACAGUACAAAGAAAUGGAAGAAAAGGUAUCGUCUACCUUAUCUGGACUCGAAGGUGAACUUAAAGGCACGUUUUAUCCUCUCACUGGAAUGUCAAAAGACGUUCAGCAGAAAUUGAUUGACGAUCACUUCCUUUUCAAGGAGGGUGAUCGUUUCCUACAAGCUGCUAAUGCUUGUCGCUUUUGGCCAUCUGGUCGAGGUAUUUUCCACAACGAUGCAAAAACCUUUUUGGUUUGGUGUAACGAAGAGGAUCAUCUCCGAAUUAUUUCUAUGCAAAUGGGUGGCGAUUUGGGAGAAGUAUAUCGCCGACUCGUUACCGCAGUCAACGACAUCGAGAAACGUGUUCCUUUCUCACACAACGAUCGUUUGGGAUUCUUAACUUUCUGCCCAACAAAUCUCGGAACUACCGUUCGCGCAUCUGUACAUAUCAAAGUACCUAAGUUAGCUGCUAAUAAAGCUAAAUUAGAAGAAGUGGCUGCGAAAUAUAACCUUCAAGUGCGUGGAACGAGAGGAGAACACACUGAAGCCGAAGGAGGUGUUUACGAUAUAUCCAACAAGCGCCGAAUGGGGCUCACUGAGUUUGACGCCGUUAAGGAAAUGUACGAUGGUAUUGCCGAAAUAAUCAAAAUUGAAAAAGAGUUGUAAUCACCACACGUGAUACGUUACUUAUAUAAUGAACGGUUACAUAGCUGUUGACAUCCGUAUUAUGUACUAAGACUAUUAAGUUUGUCUGAUUUGCCAUGGGUACCGGUGAUUGCUUGUUACUAUGAUUAAUACAGUAAAAUGUUUGUUGUUUUAAUCAGCUUUCUAGUUACAUUGUUUUAAAAUGAAAAGUUCUUAUAAAUAUUUACAAAAAAAAACAUUG